GACAGGCAGGAGGGGCGUCUUCAGGAGCCGCAGCUGUAUUUKAUUGUGUUUCUAUUCAGCAGGGCGCAUGCCGGAGGUGUUGGGGUGCUGUGCCCUGACCGUGCCUGUUCCCCGAUGGGGCAGGCGCCUGUCUGUGCUCCCUGGGCUGGGCUCUGGCUAUGAGUCAGCUCACGGCACACAGCUCUUCCUGUUGGGAGUGACUCAGGUGGAGCAGCCGAUAAAAAACGCACGGAAAAAAGGUAGCGGGCAGCCGGUGCGGAKCCCCGCCGGAACCGGGGCGCCCGGUGCUCCCCGUCACAAGCAAUGGCCCGGUGCUGGCUCCUGCCCCUCGCCUGCCUCGCCGCGUCCCUGCUGCCCACAGCCCUGGCCACACGCGGCACAGAAGUCUGUGAGUGCAAUGGGAUGUCCAGGAAGUGCAUCUUCGACUGGCAGCUGCUGAGGGACACGGGGAAYGGGUACCGCUGCCUCGACUGCCAGGGCAACACGGAGGGCACCCGCUGCGAGCACUGCAAGGACGGCUUCUUCCGCCRGCGAGGCGAGCAGUGCUGCCUGCCCUGCCACUGCCACCCCUGGGGUGCCCUCAGCCCACAGUGUGACAGUGAUGGCCAGUGCAGCUGCAAACCCGGUGUGGCGGGGGACAAGUGUGACCGGUGCCAGCCGGGCUUCGAGUCCCUAWCUGAGGCUGGGUGCCAGCGGAGUGGGCAGAGCCUGCAGUGCGAGUGUGACCCAGCGGGCAGCAUGGGGGACUGUCRCUCUGGCCGCUGCGUCUGCAAGGAGGGCGUCACCGGAGAGCGCUGCCACAGGUGCAAGCAACACUUCUAUAACCUGGAUGCCACAAACCCUGCCGGAUGCUCCCCCUGCUUCUGCUACGGGCACUCGGUGACGUGUGUCAGCGCUGACAACCACAGCAUCCACAAUGUCACCUCUGCCUUUCAGCAAGGUGCUGAGGGUUGGCGAGGUGUYCAUGAAAGUGGCUCCCCAGCCCAGCUCCAGUGGUCCCUGCACCACCAGGACGCCUUCAUAAUGGCRAGGAGUGAGGAGCCAAUUUAUUUUGUGGCACCCGCGAAAUUCCUCGGGAACCAGCAGCUGAGCUACGGCCAGAUGCUGUCCUUCGAUUACCGCCUGGACCGAGGGGGACGGCAGCCAUCUGCGCAUGACGUGRUCCUGGAAGGACAUGGCCUGAGGGUCACUGCCCCCUUCCUACCUCAGGGGAAGGUGCUUCCCUGUGGCACCAGCCAGACAUACACCUUCAGGCUGGACGAGCACCCGAGCAGCAAGUGGAGCCCGAGGCUGAAUCACUUUGAAUUUCGCAGGCUGCUGGGAAACCUGACAGCCAUCUGGAUCCGAGCCACCUUCGGGGAGUACAGCACCGGCUACAUCGACAACGUCACCCUGGUGUCGGCACAGCCCGUCCCCGGCGUCCCUGCGCCCUGGGUGGAGCGCUGCCAGUGCCCCGCGGCGUACGGGGGCCAGUUCUGUGAGAGCUGUGCCCCUGGCUACCGCAGAGACGGCCCCGGCCAGGGGCCCUUCGGCAUCUGCGUGCCCUGCAAUUGCCAGGGGGGAGGAAUCUGUGAUCCUGACACCGGUGAAUGCUACUCAGGAGAUGAACAUGUGGGCAGUGGCGUCAGCUGCCCCCCGGGCUCCUACCGUGACCCCCGGCAGCCACACGGCUGCAGGCGCUGCCCCUGYGGGCCUGGCCAGGGCUGCUCCAUGCGGCCGGGCAGUGACCAGGUUGUGUGUGAUCACUGCCCUCCUGGAGCUGCUGGUGCCAGCUGUGAGUACUGUGCCGAUGGUUAUUUUGGAAGCCCGGCAGCUUCCCGGCCCUGCCAGCUGUGCCACUGCAACGGCAAUGUGGAGCCCAACGCUGUGGGCAACUGCGACCGCCAGACUGGCGAGUGCCUCAAGUGCAUCCACAACACUGCCGGCUUCUACUGCGAUCGCUGCAAGGAUGGCUUCUUCGGGAACCCCCUGGCCCCCGACCCUGCCCAMAAGUGCAGAGCCUGUGCCUGCAACUCAGUCGGUGCYGAGCCCCUUAAGUGCAGGAGUGACGGGAGCUGCAUCUGCAAACCUGGCUUUGAGGGUCCCCGCUGUGAAGAGUAUGAGUGCCCAGCUUGCUAUGGCCAGGUGAAAGAGCAGGUGGAGCUGUACCUGCGGCAGCUGGCUGAGCUGGAGCUGCUCCUCUCAGAGGUGCGAKCUGGCAGCGGGGCCGAGAGCCAGAAGGUGGAGGAGAGGAUGCAGGAGGCUGAGGAGACACUGCGGAGAAUCCUCAGGGAAGCCCUGAGCCUGCAAGCCUCGGACACGUCUCUGGAAGGCCACGUGGCCAGGAUGAAGGGUCAAGGGUACAGCUUCCAGAGCCGCUUAGAUGAGAUCAAGGCAACGGUGGAGAGACUGAUGUCUCUGGGGAUCCGGUAUGAGAGGCAGGUGCAGGAGACACGUCAGCUGCUGGAGAGAGCCAGGCUGGAUCUGGAUCGCAGCGGGGCCACUCUCCGUGGGGUGACCAUUCCUGUUUCCAGCUUUCCUGGRGGCUCGAAUCAGUUCUUGCUGCUGGCCCAGGAGGCUCUGAGACUGGCCAACAGCCAAACACAAGCGGCCAACGCCAUCGAGCAGGCUGCCCGGGCGGCGCGGGACCAUGCGGGCCAGGCGCUGGAGCUGCUGCGUGCGGCUGCCRCCGGAGAUGCCACCUCGGGCUCCCUGCCAGGGAUGCUCAGCAGGUACAAGGAGAUCCAGUCACUUGCUGGASGCCUGAAGGCUGAUGCAAAUGGAAYGGCCUCCAAGGCAGACAAGGCUUAUCAGGGCAGCCURGUGCUCCUCAGCUCCCUGUCCCACCUGACAGAGACCGACAUCGGAUCCUUUAAGGAGAAAGCAUCGCAGCUGGAGCAGGACAGCAGCGCCCUGCUGGGCAUGGUGGACACCUCCACAGGCCAGAUCCGGGGCCUGCAGAGCCGCGUGGGGCGCUGGGAGGAGGAGGCCAAGGAGCUGCUGCGGGGCCGAGAAGGCGACAGAGCGAAGCUGACCCAGCUGCUGUCCCGAGCCAUCCUGGCCAGGAACACAGCCCUGCAAGCCAUGAGCUCUGGCAAYGCCACCUUCUACGAGGUGGAGCAGAUCCUCAAGAGCCUCAAGGAGUUCCACCUGCAAACAGGGGACAAGAGGAGGGAAGCUGCUGACGCCAUGAGGAGACUGCCUAUUAUCAGCAGCAUGGUCACCAGGACCAGGGAGAGGACAGAGCGAGCCCAAGGGAUCCUGGGCAGCGCCAAUUCUGAGUCCAAGGCRGCCGGCAGCGCAGCGGGGGAGGCCAAGGAGAUCGCCACAGCUAUCCAAGAGGAGAUCGUCCGGCUGAAGGUGGAAGCCAACAAGACGGCCGACGGCGUCCUUGCCCUGGAGAAGGCGGUGGCYGCCCUGCGGCAGGAGGCCAAGGAAGUGGAUGAUGAAUUUGAGAGGAAACUCUCAGAGGCUGAGGCAGAUGCUGYUGUGAUACAGAAGACAGCUCAGGAAGCUCAGAGGGCCCAUGACAAGGCUGGCCAGGCAGGCGUGGCCGUGCAGGGAAUGCUGAGUGCCCUGGAAGGUCUGCUGCGUCUGAUGAACCAGCCUGGCGCUGUGGAUGAGGAUGGCCUGAGGCAGCUCGAGGCCAACUUCAGCAGAGCCCAGAGCAGGAGCAAGCAGCUGAAGGCAGAGAUGUCGGAGCUGGAGCAGAUGGCUGCGCUGCAGAGGGCCCAGCAGCGCACACUGGAGAGCAGCAUUGAUGACAUCCUGGCUGAUAUUAAGAACCUGGAGGAUAUCCAGAGGAGUCUUCCUCCAGGCUGCUACAACACAAAAGCCAUCGAAUUGCCAUGAACGAGCUCUGGAAAGGCUGCAGCUGCCAGGCUGAAGGCAGGAGGGCCUCCAAAAACCUGGCAGGACUGGCUGCCUUUGGCUGUGUUGAACCCACCCUUACCCUUCCGGUUCACUGUGGCAGAUGAAGUUCACAGUGUCCCGCUGGCCCUGCAGAGUCCCUGAUUUUUCAAAGUGCUUCAUCCCUYGCUCGUGGGAGGAAGGGGACUCCUGGUUUGUGAAGGUGCUACUGUCUGAGGAGCAGCUCAUUCCUAUUUCAGUAUUUUCUCUGAGGUGCAGGUGGACGUUGCUUUGUUUCAGCCUUGUGAGUUUGCACUGUUCGGAGCCUGAAGUUCAUGACCAAGAGGUUCUCCAUCCCCUGGGGAUACCCUGUCCUGAUCUGGCAUGCACAGAAGGACUGGAGCCUCUGUUCUUGCUUUUGACACUGCAACUACCAGCUCCUCCUGUUCCCCACCAGGCUUUUCUCACCUCCAGCGAAUCAGGAGGCUGGGAGCAAGCAGCACGAGAGGCUGCUGGGGAAGAUGGGUUCUGAGUUGUGGCACUGGUGAUGCUUCAGGUAGUGUCUCCUCCCAGGCUGGCAGUCUUGGCCUUGCUGGGAGUGGUGCUGCCAUGCUGCAGCUCUCAUUCAUGCCUGAGAAUCCCAUCCCAUCCCAUCCCAUCCCAUCCCAUCCCAUCCCAUCCCAUCCCAUCCCAUCCCAUCCCAUCCCAUCCCAUCCCAUCCCAUCCCAAUCUCAUCCCAUCCCACUGCAGUGCUUGGAACUCAGUUUGAUUUGUUUAAAAAUAUUGAAGAUGUCCUGAAUGUGUCUCCAGCUCUGCUCUGGUGCUGCCUGUGCUCCCUCCUUGCCUCCCUCCCUUCCUCGUGGUGGUGGGGGUUUCUCAGAGGCUCAGGUAGUUCUCCAGAGGGGUUUCCCACUGCUCAUCCCAGCAGAGCUCGGAGGAGCCAAAGAYCACAGUGCUGCCUUCACCCACCUGCAGAUUUCAUGUGGCUUCAGAUCCAUUCUGACACUGCUCCCACCUUCCUUCAGAUGCCAUGCAGGGAAGAAAAGAUUGAGGGGGAAAAAAGUGCAACCAGAUGCUGGAAGCUGAAGCUCUGCUGAAGCCCUUGCCCUGCGUAGUGGUGAAAGAGGGGGGUCCUGGAUAGAGAAGGACCCUGGGGACCCACUCACCCCUCCUUGUCUCUUGAGUCUCUGACAAAGCAGCAUCUAUGCUUUUGCUUAAUGAUGUACCGAGUAUUAUGUCUGCUUCCCACUUUUAUUUAAGUGAGAUAUAUUUUAGCCCCUGGCAUGUGUCCCUUCUCAUGUUGUAUGGCAUAGGAACAGCUGUUAUGGACCUGACUGUUUUUUCUGUGAGUUGAGUUUUUUGAAAGGUAGGAKGUCAAUAAAUUAUGAAUACUCUUGUCUAGAUCUUGCCUACUGAUUUCUUUUUUUAGGCUACCUGAUUUGAGGAGGUUGGGCCACGGGUUCUUCCAGCAGUGUGGGCAUUUGUUCUCUUAGUGCUGACUCAGUCUUGGAGCUGUUUUAAAAUGAC